UGGCGUUCGGUUUUUUGUGUGUGCGAGGAAAUUAUUGUUUUCACUAAAAUAGUAAAUGUAACUAGUUUUUAAAUGUUUUUCUAAGAUUUUAUGAAUUUAAUUGUUAAUAUGAGUCCAAAUAUAGCGAUUAAAAGACCCUGUUUUCCAAAUACUGACCAAGAUUACGUGCGUGUCAGUGUUGCUUACAGCGUCGUUGUCUUACGCCGCCUUUUAGAUUGAGCUGAUUAAGCCAAUUCUAAUGGCUUUUUUAUGUGUAAAUUAAGUUCAAUGGAUGCACUUUAUUGCCGAGAGGUAUCAACUUGCACUACAAUGUGGUGUAGUCGGCGAUUUGAUUGACGGGUGCGUUGUGCCGUUGUGCGUUAGUAGUUGUGUGAAAGCGUACAUACAUGUUAAAACUGUCAUGAGGACUGUUUACCAUCAAAUAGUGAAUUUGUGUUAGUGGGUUUGUUUUUUUUAUGUUGUGUUAGUAUUUUGGUGUUGAAAAUGUGUAUGCCUACGCCGAGCAAUGUCUCGGGCUUCGGGUAUUCGUGGGGCUUUACGAGUUCUGCGGACCUUACCAAGGGCGAGGUGGAGACUCCGAGUAGCAUGAGCUACACUCUCGGGAACACGGUAUCACCCGAGACAACGUUGACUGUCAUGUCGCACAAGUCACCGCAGGUCCAAGAAAAGGUUGGCACAGUCGUAGCAGUGUCCAACACAGCAGCACAGGUCACGAGAGUUGUCACGGCGAACGCACCGGCCGGUCGAAGAGCCAUGUUUGUGCUGAAUGAGAGUCCAACGCAUACCAUCAACAGGGUAUCGCAACAAAACCAGACAGCUACCAUACAUAACAAUAUCUUGGUUACAGCUGCCAACUUGACCUCGAAGCCGUUUAUGACACCGAUCGGGCCCAUCCAGUUGACAGCGGAAGAGUGCAACGAGAUUUUGAUGAAGCGAGCUCUGCAGGCUCAGGGUAUAGCCACUCCAGUAAUCGAUGCGUCUCAAUUAAACCAUACGUUGUUGAACGGUGGGAUCAAAACAAUCAAUGAGGGCACACAACAGACGCAGACGGAAACCAUUCAGACAACACCGGUGCAUCACCAUAUAUUGCACACUAAACAGGAACCGGGAACAGCAAAUAACUCUCCAAAAACGGUAUACUCGCAGACGGAGCUGAUGAAUACCAACACGGUAAUGACAACCGUGGCCCCAGCGGCGGUCAAGGAGCGGCCCUACUCGUGCGACGAGUGCGGCAAGUCCUUUCUGCUGAAGCACCAUCUGACUACGCACGCGAGGGUUCAUACAGGCGAAAGGCCGCACGUCUGCGCUCACUGCGGCAAGGCGUUCGCUCGCAAGCACUGCCUCAACACGCAUCUACUGCUGCACUCCGCGGACCGGCCCUACCGCUGCCACGAGUGCAAGAUGGCCUUCACGCUGAAGCACCACCUCGUCACGCACUCCAGGGUACACAGCCGUGACCGGCCGUUUGUGUGCGGCGAGUGUGGACGCGGGUUCCCUCUGAAGCGGCACCUCGUGACGCACAGCAAGUACCACGCCGGCGAGCGGCCCUACGUCUGCAGCGACUGCGGCGAGAGCUUCGCGCAGAAGGAGCACCUAGUGAUGCACAGCCGCUUCCACGGGUCGCUAUCGCCCUUCGUGUGCGCGGAGUGCGGCGCUGCCUUCGCGCGCAAGUUCCAGCUCGUCAACCACGGCCGCGUGCACGGCAAGGUGCCGCACGCCUGCCCUGUGUGCGCCAAGGAGUUCCUGCAGAAGCGGACGCUCGUGGCGCACCUCAAGUGA